UCACCUCCUCUCGUCUCCAACUAGAUAAUUCGUCUUUGAGUUGAAUGAGUGGAGAAUGGCCGUCAUCUGAAAGCAACAAAACCAACAGCCAGAAUAUUCAGCUGGGGUGGGGGGAAACCUGUAAUAAAAUCUUUGUGCUGUAGUCAGAAGGAAGAUGCGACGAUGACUCAGCCUCAGCUGAAUGAGUUCAUUCCUCCUCCGGAGUGUCCUGUUUUUGAGCCCAGCUGGGAGGAAUUCGCUGACCCUUUUGCGUACAUCAACAAAAUCCGACCUAUCGCUGAGAAAACUGGUAUCUGCAAGAUCCGACCGCCACGAGAAUGGCAGCCACCAUUUGCCUGUGAUGUAGACAACCUGAAAUUCACACCACGGAUACAAAGGCUUAAUGAGUUGGAGGCUCAGACCAGAGUAAAACUUAACUUUUUGGACCAAAUAGCAAAAUUCUGGGAGCUUCAAGGCUGCACUCUGAAAAUCCCUCAUGUGGAAAGAAAGAUUUUAGAUUUGUAUCAGUUGAAUACGCUUGUAAAUGAAGAGGGAGGGUUUGAUGCAGUCUGCAGAGAGCGACGUUGGACUAAGAUAUCUGUCAAGAUGGGCUUUGCUCCAGGCAAGGCUGUUGGCUCUCAUCUGCGGGCCCACUAUGAGAGGAUCUUAUACCCAUAUAACCUGUUCCAGACAGGAGCCAAUCUUCCCAAAGCCACCUUGACCCAUGACACUAAAGAUAAAGAAUACACGCCUCAUGACCUUCCUCAGCGCCAGUCUGUCCAGCCACAGGACACCUGCAGCAUAGCUCGCCGAGCAAAACGAACGAGAUAUGAAAGAAGUUAUGUUAAAAGCAAAACCGAAGAACUUUGUAAGAAUUGUCCCAAUCUCAGGAGGAGAAGGGGAACAUAUGUUGCCAAACCAGAGCCUGUGAGAAUGGCAGGUAUUCAGGUGAAGCAGGAGCCCUUAAAGCACGAAGAUUCACCGGGUUAUGAAGAAGCUGUAUUGAAUAUAAAAGAAAAUACAACUCUGAGCAAAUUGGAACAGUACAUAUGCUUGGUAUGUGGCAGUGGAAGUGCCGAGGACCGCUUGCUGUUGUGUGACGGUUGUGAUGACAGUUAUCACAUUUUCUGUCUGAUUCCUCCUCUUCACGAUGUUCCCAAAGGUGACUGGAGAUGUCCCAAGUGUCUGGCUCAGGAAUGUGGCAAACCACCUGUCGCUUUUGGCUUUGAGCAGGCAAGCAGGAGCUACACCCUCCAAGCUUUUGGUGACAUGGCUGACUCCUUCAAGUCUGAUUAUUUCAAUAUGCCAGUUCAUAUGGUCCCCACUGAGCUGGUGGAGAAGGAGUUCUGGCGUCUAGUCAGUACCAUUGAGGAGGAUGUCACUGUGGAAUACGGAGCAGACAUAGCCUCCAAGGAUUUUGGGAGUGGCUUUCCUGUUAAAAACGGCCAUUUUGAAGUCUCUCCUGAUGAUGAGCAUUACCUGAGUGAUGGUUGGAACCUGAACAACAUGCCAGUGCUGGAUGCUUCAGUGCUGACUUAUGUUACAGCUGACAUCUGUGGGAUGAAACUGCCCUGGCUGUAUGUGGGCAUGUGCUUCUCCUCUUUCUGCUGGCAUAUUGAGGACCACUGGAGCUAUUCUGUUAACUAUCUGCACUGGGGGGAGCCAAAGACCUGGUAUGGCGCCCCAUGUUACGCUGCAGAGCACCUUGAAGCAGUCAUGAAGAAACUGGCCCCUGAGCUGUUUGAUUCCCAGCCAGAUCUCCUUCACCAGCUGGUCACCAUCAUGAAUCCUAACACACUGAUGAACAACGGUGUCCCAAUCUAUCGCACCAACCAGUGUGCAGGCGAGUUUGUUAUCACGUUUCCCAGAGCUUACCACAGCGGUUUCAAUCAAGGUUUCAACUUUGCUGAAGCUGUCAACUUCUGUACCAUGGACUGGAUGCCUCUUGGCCGUAACUGCGUGGAACAUUAUCGUCAGCUCAGUAGGUACUGUGUGUUCUCCCACGAUGAGAUGGUGUGCAACAUGGCCUCUAAAGCUGACACAAUGGACAUUGAGCUGGCAUCAGCAGUACACAAAGACAUGGUCGUCAUGGUCCAAGAAGAAGAAGCACUAAGAAAAAAGAUUUGUAAAAUGGGUGUAGUACAAUCUCAACAAGUUGAUUAUGAACUGCUCCCCGAUGAGGCGCGGCAGUGUUGUAAGUGUCGGACCACCUGCUACCUGUCUGGCAUCACCUGUGCCUGCAGCUCUGAAAAGAUGACAUGUCUGCACCACGCCCAGGACCUCUGCUCCUGUCUUCCUAGCAACCUCGUAAUCAAUUACAAGUUUACACUGAAUGAGUUGUACCCCAUGCUGGCAUCAGUGAAGGAUCGUGCCGAGUCUUAUAAAAACUGGAUCAGCAAUGUCCAUGACAUACUGGAGAACAAGGACGAUAAGAAAAGAGGUUUGGAUGAGCUUCACAGUUUGGUGGCACAGGCAGAAGUAAAAGCAUUCCCACAAAAUGACCUCCUGGAUCAACUCCGCACUGUCACCGCAGAGGCUGAAAGGUGUGCUGUCAUGGCACAACAGCUUCUCAAUGGGAAGCGACAGACGAGGUAUCGUUCUGGUGGAGGAAAGUCUCAAAGCCAGAAUGAGUUGACUAUGGAGGAACUGAGGUCUUUUGUGCAACAGUUAGACAACCUGCCAUGUAACAUCCGACAGGCUCCGUUACUGAGGGACCUCUUGAGUCGGGUGGAUGACUUCCAGCAGUGCAGUGAAAAGCUCCUCUCUGAUGAGUCUCCCAAGCCUUUGGAGCUCCAGGAGCUGCUGGAUGUGAGUCUCGGCCUGGAUGUAGAACUGCCCCAGUUGCCUCUGCUGAGGGAGAGACUGGAGCAGGCCCGGUGGCUAGAGACUGUGCAGCUCGCAAGUAGCAGACCAGAUAGCCUUUGUCUGGACACCAUGAGGCGGCUCAUAGACCUGGGUGUGGGUCUGGCUCCUCACACUUCUGUGGAACGAGCUAUGGCUCGUCUGCAGGAGCUGCUGACUGUGUCAGAGCAGUGGGAGGAGAAGGCGCUCAGCCUUAUGGAAGCAAGGCCAUAUCACAGCAUGGAAACACUUGAGGCUGCCCUGCGAGAAGUUGAAAACAUCCCUGCUUAUCUGCCCAACUGUCUGCAACUGAAGGACGUUGUUGUCAAGGCCAGUGAAUGGCUUCAUGAAGCUGAAGCACUGCAGCUCGGAGGACGUAUUCCUGUGUUGGACAGUCUGUCUGACUUGGUGCUGAGAGCAGAGAGCAUUCCAGUGAGACUAGACCCUCUGAGUCGACUGGAGGCGCUGAUCAGUGAUGUUCAGGCCUGGAAGGAGAGUGCAGCAAAAACAUUCCUACUGAAGAACUCCUCUUUCUCUCUACUUGAGGUGCUUUGCCCUAGAUGUGACAUGGGGGCAGGGUAUCAGAAGUCAAGGUCCAAAAAGUUAAAAGAAGCUACACAGCAGAGUAAAAAAGCUUCAUCAAAGUUGGUCUCUCUCUGUGAUGUGGAAAGAGCGCUUUAUGAGAGCAAGGACUCCCCCUCUGCUAUGGCUACUCUCGCUGAGGUCCAGCAGAAGGAGAUGGAGACUUUGUUGGCUCUGAGAGCCUCAAACGAGUCUAAGUUACUUCCUGCUGAAAACUGUUGUGCACUUAAUGUCUGCGUUUGCCAAAAGGCCCCUUCAGGUGCCAUGGUGCAGUGUGAACUCUGUCGAGAGGUUUUUCACUGUGGCUGUGUUGGAACAACCGCUGCAGGUCUCCAAUACGGCCAAGCCUGGCUAUGCCCGCUUUGCCAGCGUUCCAGAAAACCCCCACUGGACAAGGUUCUUCCCUUGUUGGCGUCGCUGCAGAGGAUCCGAGUUCGACUUCCGGAAGGUGACGCCUUACGCUUCCUCAUAGAGAGGACUGUGCGCUGGCAGCACAGAGUUCAGCAGGCCUGCACAGAGGGAAUGCUGGAGAAUGUGUCAGAGAGGGCCAGUGGAAACGGGAGAGUUUGGUCGAGAGUAUUGUCAUAUGUGACUCAGGAAUUAAAUGGCUCAUCUUUUUACUCGGAGCAUGUGUGUGUUCCACUUCAGGGACUCGGGCCUGAACUGGAGGAAGUGCUGGUAGAGGGAUUCCUGCUGCAGGUGACCUUGCCUGAAACUGAACAGCUGUACAGAUACCUGCUGUUCACAUUGGCCCCACAGCCCCCACAUAGCUCCCCCUGUGGGAGCAGCACAGAAGAGGACCAACACCACAGAAAGCACCUCAAAAACAAGAACAGAGAUUCCAGCUUGAAAAAAGAAGAGAUGACCAGUCAGGGUAAAAAGACCAAGCGACGCAAAGAAGCCUCUGAUUCCCAGUACAGUGAGAAAGCCAAGAAGUGCCGCAAGAAGAAGUCAAAGAAAAGCAAAGACAGGAGUGAGGAAACCAGGAGGUCCUGUUAUCCCGACAACACACUGUCAGACCCUGUUCCAUCAGACUCUGAAGAGGAUUACUCUCUCUGUGCUGCACCAUGGUGCAGAGAACCAGAGGGUGACGAGGUAAACUGGGUCCAAUGCGAUGGCAACUGCAAUCAGUGGUUCCACCAGGUCUGUGUAGGAGUGUCAGCUGAGCGAGCAGAGAAAGAGGACUAUAUUUGCAUAAGCUGCACACAGCCCGACUACGACAGAGAAUGAAGACCAAAAACCAACUUUGAAGGAUCUGUGGUUCUGUUGAACGUCACAGCACUUAAGUGCAUCCAGUACAUGAACCGUGUGACUUCCCUUUAACCUCCUGGCUUGCCCUUAGUGACUAUGGUGCUAUUUACUUUUCCAGAGUACAAAAGACUCCUGUGUUGGGUUUUUUCUUUUUCCUUUGUUUUUGUUUUAUGUUUUUUUGGGGGGGGGGGGGGGGAUUGGUCAUGUGUCAGAUUUUUCCAGCCAAUCAACUAAUCUUUCUGAAACUUUCCAAGACUUGAUGCAGAUGUAUAAAAUGGCACAGGGACUUUUCAACCAAAAGGCAAAAUCAAUUUGGCAUCACAUUUUGGAACUUUUUUAACAUGCAUCUGAACAAUGUGAACCUAUCUUUUUUGUAGAGUGAAUAUUAUUUAUCUGAGCAAUAACUGAACUUCAGUUUUCUCCUGAGCUAUAUUUGUGCUUAGAGGUUCUUUGAUAGAAUGCCUUCUUGCAGUAAAAACCUGCCCUAGAGAGUUCACUUUAUCAGUCCUGUGAUAUUAAGCAGUUUGAUUACCGGUAUUGGAACAUAACUCACAAACCACAGAGCAAUGCUAAUACGUUUAAGUUUGAUCCAAAUCUGAUUUGGAUAUCAAGUCUGACCUAUUUGUUUUUCUUUCUUUCUCUGCUGUGACUGGAGUAAACACUUUGCUCCUGUGGUAUUUGUCAUUGUGAGUGAGACUAUGUCCACAAAAUGAGAAUGAACUGUCUAGCAUCAGAGGAAUGUAAAUUUAGUUUUAGGGUGGCUUUUCCCUUUAUGGUUUAGGAUGGAAAUAUUGUGUUGGACUUAGAUUUAACACAGAUUGUGUGACUUAUUUGCCACGGGUAUAUGACAUUUUCUGCUCUUUUUGGGUAAAUAUAAUUCAUAUGUUGCAGUUUGCAUUAUAAAAUAAAAAAUAUUUGUUCCCAUAA